AUGCGACUCGGGCAUCCUAUCCGGGUCUCCCUCAUGGUCCCGAAUAGAAUGGAAACAAGAGCUGCACACGCCUAUGAUCCAUUGCUACCUGAGAUGAGUCCUCUCCUGAUUGGUUCGGGGCCUGAUUUAAAAAUUCAGCAAUCCAACGAUCCUGGACAAUAUGAUCGACUACAGCAGGUUGACUUGUAUGCCAUAUUGGCUUACCUGCUUGGCGUACCGCGACCCAUCUGGAACAAUGCUAGUCUAGCUCGAGUAGCUCAUUUGCUUGAGCCCAGUCCAGGCAAAAUCGCCAUUCGCCGUUGGUUUAGACACUCUAUACCACCGAGAGGUUAG